GGCCCAGUUUCCGGCGUCCGCAGGCAGCCGCCCUGGCGCUUUCUUCCCAUGCAAAGACACUGCGGAGCGGAGUUUCUGUGCUGACUUUUUUGCUAGCGGGGCGUUUGCCUUUGCUGAGGACGGCGUGCGGAGCCCGGUGAGGAGCCGCACUGGGACAGGGAAUGAAGGAUGGCAGCACGCCGUGCAUUAAAAGCUGUUUUGGUGGAUCUCAGUGGCACACUUCACAUUGAAGAUACAGCUGUGCCAGGCGCACAGGAAGCUCUUCAAAGGCAAGGUGCUACUUCUGUAAUGGUUAGGUUUGUGACCAAUACAACCAAAGAGAGCAAGAAAGACCUCUUGGAAAGAUUGAAAAAAUUGGAGUUUGAUAUCUCUGAAGAUGAAAUAUUCACUUCUCUGACUGCAGCCAGAAACUUGGUAGAGCAGAAACAAGUCCGACCCAUGCUGCUGGUUGAUGAUCGGGCCCUACCUGAUUUUAAAGGAAUACAAACAAGUGAUCCUAAUGCUGUGGUCAUAGGAUUGGCACCAGACCAUUUUCAUUAUCAAAUUCUGAAUCAAGCGUUCCGGUUGCUCCUGGAUGGGGCGCCUCUGAUAGCAAUCCACAAAGCCAGGUAUUACAAGAGGCAAGAUGGCUUAGCCCUGGGGCCUGGACCAUUUGUGACUGCUUUAGAGCAUGCCACAGAUACCAAAGCCACAGUCGUGGGGAAACCAGAGAAAACGUUCUUUUUGGAGGCAUUGCGGAGCACUGGCUGUGAACCUGAGGAGGCCAUCAUGAUUGGAGAUGAUUGCAGGGAUGAUGUUGGUGGGGCUCAGAAUGUCGGCAUGCUGGGCAUCUUAGUCAAAACUGGGAAAUACCGAGCAGCAGAUGAAGAAAAAAUUAAUCCACCUCCUUACUUAACUUGUGACAGCUUCCCUCAUGCCGUGGACCACAUUCUGCAGCAUCUACUGUGAACCAUUAUGUGAAUCAGAAGCAACCUGAAACGCAGCUUUUCAUUGUCUGGCAAGAAUCCCUCAACAGCUUAAUGCCAGCAUGGACAGACAGAGACUACUCAGCCCUGGUCACCAUUUAACCCUUUUUUAUUGGGCAGUAAUUAGAAAGAAAGGUAUUGAAUUGCAGCCAGACACCAAGCCUGGCUAAUCCCUUUUAUUUCGUAAAAGAAGAUGAGAUCCAAAGAAAGGGAAAGCUGAGAUUUUGUGCCAUUCCUUUUAAAAUAUUCAUCAGGUUAGCGGAGCUGGGGAAGAGUCUGCUGCAGGGAGCUUGUUCUCUGCUGUCUCCUCACUGGUAAAUUGGAGAGGUUCAGACUCUGAAUAAAGUUGAAUGGUGUUUUUUAAGUUAUAAAGUACUGCGUUGAAGAGUGCAUUAGGCUGUAGUUUUAAUACUGAGUUCAACUGUGAAAUCCAUCAGAAGUGCCAAGUGGGGUACAGGACAGAAGAAACAAAAUAAAGUGUCCUUUAGCCCAAGUGAAGGAGUGAAUUUGCUCUAACAGAUGUUGAAAACUAGAUUAGCUACUGUAUUAUUCCCAGCACGGGUGACUUCUUUUUCUCUUCGUUAGCCAGAGAUGAGUAAUUUAAAUUCAGAACCUGAUUUUAAUUUAAAAUAAUAUUUCCAUUAAUAACCUAUUCAUUGCCGAUACCUAUUAUACUGUGUAACAGUCGUUUUGGAAAUUUUAUGUAAAAUUAAAACUAUCAGUAUUUUACAGAUGUUUUAAUUAGACAUUGUUAUUAACAGGAACAGUGCAGAGACUAACAUCAAGCCUUUGAUGCUUACAGACCGUGCAUUUCUGAGGUUAGUGUCCACCUGGGUCCUGUUAACUGCACAUUGGCAAGAUUUCAUUAUUUUUGCCUCUGACACUAUGGGAAAAAUCUUUCAGAAGCUAUUGGGACAGAUUCAAGCUUUUAUGUACUUGGUUACUACGGCUGUAAAAUGAAAUCUCGUCUUGCAGCAUGGAUUCUUCUUCUCAUGUUAAACCCACCAAAAUGAAGGGGACUAAAUAGGUAAUGAUUUUCCUCGUGCAUUUGCAUACUGUGAUGAUCCUGGGCCUUUGCAAUUGUUUUACUGGGCUCUUGGGCACUGGAUUAUUAGCUUGUAAUUGUCCAUUAUCAUGGUGCUCACCUUAUUGAAGCACACAGCAGUGUUAAUGAGCUUCGGGUUUUGAUGCUUGUUUAGAGAUCAGCUUGGUCUUGGAUGGGAGGGAGCAAAGCUAAAUAAAUGGCCGCUCCCUCUCCUUCUGGUAGUUUGGUGAACACUUUUCUUGUUUUUGCAGAUGCCCCAAGUUAGUCCUUACGAUCCUAGAGUGCAAAAGACAGAUGUGCUAGGGCACCACCCCAGAUCAGAAGGAGGAGUGCAGUGACUGGGGGCACAGAGCAGGGAGCCUGGCCAGCACUCCCCUUCGGUGACCUUGGGCAACUCCCCUAGCCACUCCUGCCUCCUUUCCCUUCUCUGUAAAGUGGAGAUACCCAUAGUGCCCACCACGUAGGCUUGUUGUGAGGGUUAAAUGCACAACCCGUAUAUCAAGGACUUUAAAUAGAGUCGGACGAAUGUUAAGUGUUGCCUGUUUGCGAUGAUGACACAGAUGUAGCAGGAGUAUCUGCAUUUAACAAUCUGGAAACGGUUGGUAGAAUUCAUCUCUACAGUCAGUUCAGUGGGGAAAGUCUUCCUGAGAAUUUAAAAAAGAGAGACAUUCUACUACAUUUAAAUUCCUUCAGGCCGGAGCCACACAGAAAAGCCCAGCGUGCAGGCAAGAGGGGCUGCUGGGCGUGUUCACCAGUGGCCUGUUCCCCGGCACCUGGGUCAGCGAUUCCUUGGCCCAAGCGUCAUCAAGGGUUUGCUAGCUGCUGUGUGUGAAGUACCUGCUAGGAAAUAAACAUUUAAGGGAAGGAUUUUGCCUGGAGGGCCCUUACUAGGUGAGGAGCUAAGGAGAAUACCCAAGGCAGUGUGUAGACUCCGUGUCUCCCUUCUCUGUGACGUGGUCCUGACCGCAGGAUGGAUGAAGUGUUCCCUCCCUCGUGCCAUGGAGCAGUUGUUAGAUUAUACUCAGGUCUUCGAACGUCUCUUCUCCCCACCAGACAGGACUCUGUCUGUGCUACAACACAGAUGGGCACUCAGGCCGUCACCAGACAACUCAAAAUUAGCUGUAAAUAUUACAGGAAUUGAAUGCUAGAGGGCAUAGCUGUGGGUAGGGAGGAGAAAAUGUUUCAUUUUAGACUUGCUGCCCAUAGGGGAGGCCCGUUAGGCACUUAAAUAAUGGCUCUGAUGCUCUGGAGACAGGUUAGAGCUAAAGCCAAGCAGUAGACAUCACUGAUGGGUGAGUGGCAGGAGUGGGUAACCCAGCUGCGUGUAACGAGCCAGCCAAGAGAAACGGCUGCUCUACUUUCCUCCAUUCUUGCUUGGCCCUCUAGGCCAUUAAAAUCUUAGUUGGCUAUUUUAUUUACUUAAUAAACAUUAUAUAGGACUUUCUAACUGACCUGUCCACGGUGUGAAGUUCGUGAGGAUAAAUAGAAAUCUUGGUUUAGGUCGAGGUUACUGUAAACAUUCCCAGCUCAGCUGGUUGGUUUGCCUCGGGCUUCAUGGAGGAGAUUUAAUAACCGAAGUACGUAAAGGACUUUAUUUUCCAGCCAUUACAUGUCAGGGGCUGUCUUGUGGUACUGACCCCAAGGAUAGUGUUUGUACCAGCUUUACUAUAAUCCUGUCCUGGCCCCAGAAAAGGGACCAAGUGACAUCUUAGGACUUGAAAGGGCAUUAGAGAAUGCCCAUUGUCAGGAGGUGGUUAUUGAGCAUCUGCUGUGAGUUGGGUGAGGAGGAGGGCGAAGGACCAGUCUGGUGGGGAGACAAGGUUGUUGCACCCACUUCACUCUCACACAUCCAGAAUCAGCUAGUUCUGCAGUGGCUCUACCUACCCACCAUUCUGUACCCCUGUCAGAGCGGAUUGUAAUGCCUGGGAAGGAGAAGGGGGCUGGCCCACCUCCCUGGUGACUGUUCCAUCAAACACCUGCUGUUGUGGAUAUCAGAAACUGCCCUGGAGUGACAAGUGUCGUCACCUCUCUCUUAACCCCACACUGAAAAAUUACAGGAGCGAGUUGGACAGGAAAGUCAAAACACACCUGCACUGAUUAUGUUCAGUUGGUUUUGGAUCAAUGGUGGUUCAUGUAGGAUGAAACUGAAGUCCUUGGGCACCUAUAAUAAAGAAUUUUUAAAACUGCACUAAUCUAUUUCAUUAAAACACUUGCCUUGGGCAGCAGAGUACUUUCGUCCUGUUAGCAGUUG